CUUUAUCCGCUUCGGUCACGUUCCUACUAACCUGCGCCACGAUCUUAUCCGCCAACACUGUGCGGUAUUAUGUCAGUCAUUAAUUAAGCCUCUGCUUAUGCGGGGUGAUAAGGUGUUAAACCAUUUUAUCUGCGGUUUAAAAAGGAGGUAUCUUUCCAUUUCCAGAAAGAGAUUUACCUCAUCGAGACCCGUUUAGAAAUCUGAGAUUGCCCUUCUCGUCUGAAAUUUUUUUGGGUGCUGUUGUCGUUGCCGAAUCAGUCGAAGGGAGUUUCGGGAAAUUUCGAUCUGGGUUUUCGUGUUUCUGUGCUGUUUGAUUGGUUAAAAAUAGCGGCUUUUCCAUGGCUGGGAGCGAUCAAGUUAACCUUAGCGAGAGCAAGAAAGUGGUUCCGCUCAAUACAUGGGUUCUGAUCUCCAACUUUAAGGUGGCUUACCAUAUCUUACGCCGCCCUGAUGGAACCUUCGACCGUCACCUAGCAGAGUUUCUCGACCGUAAAGUCCCUUCAAACGCCAAUCCGGUCGACGGCGUCUUCUCGUUUGACGUUGUCAUAGAUCGAGCCACUAGUCUUCUCUGCCGGGUUUACAGGCCUGCUAACGGAGACCAUCAGCAGAGUUUGAUUGAUCUCGAGAAACCCAUUGACAGCGAGAUUUUACCUGUUAUCCUCUUCUUCCACGGAGGAAGCUUCACGCAUUCCUCUGUGAACAGUUCUAUCUACGAUACCCUUUGCCGCAGGCUUGUCGGUGUAUGCCAUUGCAUUGUCGUAUCCGUAAAUUAUCGCCGUGCGCCAGAGAAUCCGUACCCUUGUGCAUACGAUGACGGCUGGACGGCUCUUCAAUGGGUCAAUUCAAGGUCAUGGCUCAAGAGCAAGAAAGACUCAAAGGUUCAUAUUUUCUUGGCCGGCGACAGUUCUGGAGGUAACAUCAUUCACAACGUUGCGUUAAGGGCGUCCGAAGAAUCGGGGAUCGAAAUCUUGGGUAACAUUCUGUUGAACCCUAUGUUUGGAGGGAAUGAAAGGACGGAGUCCGAGAAAAGGUUAGAUGGGAAGUACUUUGUGACACUCAGAGACCGAGAUUGGUACUGGAGAGCGUUUCUUCCCGACGGAGAAGACAGAGACCAUCCUGCCUGCAACCCGUUCGGGCCACGAGGCAAGAGCCUCGAGGGCAUGAAAUUCCCGAAGAGUCUAGUCGUUGUCGCGGGCUUGGACCUGAUCCAAGACUGGCAACUGGCUUAUGUCCGAGGGCUGAGAAACGCAGGUCAAGAAGUGAAGCUUCAGUAUCUGGAGAGAGCGACGAUUGGUUUCUACCUCUUACCAAAUAACAACCACUUCCACACCGUCAUGGAUGAGAUAAACGCGUUUGUAAACGCCGAUCGCCAGUGAUCGCUCAUCGACCUUUCGCUAACAGACGGGUUUGAUCCAUGUCCACGGAGGGGAAGCCUGAGAUUUCUCUUUAGUUGUUUCGGAAAGCUGUUAUAGUAGUAAUGGUGGGUUAACACCUUACGGUGUUUAAUUAGGUGAUGGGUGUUUUUACGGCGACUGCGUUUGCGACCGCCAAACGCUGGCUUCUUGAAAGCAAAGCAGGAGAGAAGAGCGAGUGCGUUCAAGGAAGUUGGGGAAACCAGUGUUUCGUGGAGUAUGUUUGGCUUUAGCUUUUAGCGUUUUACUUUGCUGAAAUUUCAGCAUAAUUAACUUCGUCUGUGUUGCUACAUGAUACGGUCGUGUAUGUAUAUAUAUAUAAUGUUAUCUUUAUAUAUAUGGAACUAUGAUCUGUAAUUAACGGGAUAGAUUUCGAUUA